AUGACGAUUCUAGCGUGCAAUAGGGUAGAUCGAAAUGCCCAGGACAAUGGUGGCCGUACACCCCUUGUGUGGGCUGUCGAUGGUGGCCUCCUGCAAGAAGUACAGCCACUUCUGGAGACACCAGAUAUUGACCUGAAGCCUGAUAAUUAUGGCAAUACUAUAUUCCAUAUUGCCGCUCAGAAUGGCCAUCUGGAGAUCUUGAACAUGAUUGCCCACCAAACCGACCUGAACAGUAACUCGAAGAACAGCCGGGGGCAAACGCCCAUUUGGCUCAACGCUGCCAAUGAUCAGGAGAGUGUCGUCACUUGCCUAGUGGAUAAGGCUGGCGUUGACUCCGACUGUCGGAGUAAUAGUGGCCUUUCACCCCUGAUGCUUGCUGUGCAAAAAGGUCACACGAGAACCGUCCGGGCUCUCGUUCUCGACCCCUUGUAUGACCACAGAGUGGACAGCGAAGGAAAUAGCGCACUCUCCCUUGCUUCCAGUGAUGGUGACCUUCAGGUAGUCAAGUUCAUAGUCUCCCAUCGACCUAUGAUUCUCGAUUCAAAAAACAUGCGGGGUGAGCUGCACCCCCAUUUUGCCUUUAGCUGA